CUGCAGAACUGGCCGUCACCAGGCAACCUGCAGAGCUGAGGCUGCUGGCACGGAAGCUGCUCUCUCACUAGCUCUGUGGGUGUGUCAGAGGAAUUUGAUCUUUGUGCCAUAACCGUCCUGUGAGGCGGAUCCAGUCACAGUCAUGUUCGAUCCUUCUUUCACUUUUGAAGCUGGUGGAUGUGCCAAGAGGGGACGGGGCUUCCAUUCAUUAUAAAAUGCAUUAACUGACUGAGAAGCUCAGGGGCAGGCUGGAGUUAACCCCUGCGGCUCCCUGACCCCUCUGGCAGGAUGGAUGUCACAGCCUGGGAAAGGGAACCAGUCACUGGGAGCAGGAGCUCUGCCUAGAGGGAAUGGCUCUGGGUGCUAGCGAAGCCGGGAGCCCCCUGGAGAGACUGGAACGGCUCCGAAACGACUCCACAGGACACCGCAGACCAAGCUACGAUGAUGGGGAAGAUUCCCUUGUUCUCCGCCGGCUCCACAGUGAGCUCCGCUCUGCCUGGCUACGUCGCUCUCUGCCUCACUCUACAGGUUCACAGGCUGGUGUCAGCACAAUUCACAGUGACUGGACUUAACCAUCCAGUCACUGCCUCCCUAGGGGGUGAGGCCAUCCUGUCCUGCCACCUCUCCCCCAGGAUGAGCGCUGAGAACAUGGAGGUGAGAUGGUUCCGAUCCAAGUACUCUGAAGUCGUGCAUCUGUACCAUGGUGGGCGGGAUCAGUACGGAGAGCAGAUGCCGGAAUAUGGAGGGAGAACUGAGCUCUUGAAAGACGACAUCACCAAUGGGAGAGUUUCCCUGAGAAUACGGAAUAUCCAACCCUCUGACAAUGGGCAGUACACGUGUUAUUUUGAGUCCAGUCUCUCUUAUGAAGAAGCUUUAUUGGAACUGCAGGUGGCAGGUUUGGGCUCUGAUCCUGACAUCUCUGUGGAGGGACAUCAGGAUGGAGGGAUCCGGGUGGUAUGUCGAUCAUCCAGAUGGUACCCAGAGCCCGAGGCUCAGUGGAGAGAUCUCCAGGGGAAGAUCUUACCAUCAACCUCUAAAGCAAUAACCCCAGAGGCUGAUGACCUGUUUCAAACAGAGAUUGCCAUUGUUAUAACAGAAGAGUCCAACCAGAAAGUGUCCUGCUGUGUCAGGAAUCUCCGACUCAACCAGAAGAGAGAGUCAGCAAUUUCAAUAGCAGAGCCAUUUUUCCCCAGGGUCAAUCAAUCGAAAGUGGCUCUCUGGGUGAUCCUGGCUCUCCUGGCUGUUCUCAUGGCCCUGGCCGCUUACUGCUUCUGGAGGCGACACAGAGCAACAGAGAUUCUGCGAUCUGAGAUGGAGAGCGAGAAAGAGACCCUGCUGUCUGAACGGGAACAAGAGAAAGAGGCUCUGCAAUCUGAGAUGAAGAGGCAGAAAGGGGAAUACGAGGCAGUGAAAGAACUGGGACUCGCCAGAGCCCGAGGAUACGCAGUGGACGUGACUCUGGAUCCAGGCACGGCUCAUCCCAACCUCGUCCUGUCUGCAGAUCUGAAAAAUGUGAGACACGGAAACUGGGAUCCGCCCAACAAGUCUGAGGGAGCUGAGCAUGAUAUCUGGGUCCUGGGCACUGAGGGGUUCACAGGCGGGAGGCAUUACUGGGAGGUGGAGGUGGGAGGCAAGAUAGGCUGGUACCUGGGGGUUUGUAGGGAAUCUGUGAGCAGGAAGGGGAAGGUCACACUGUCACCUGAGCAUGGAUACUGGGUCAUGUGGCUGAGGGGUGGGGGAUAUCAGGCCCUCACUUCCCCCUCGACCCCCCUCCCCGUGAGCAUCAGGCCCAGCCGGGUGGGGAUUUUCCUGGACUAUGAGGCGGGCGAGGUCUCGUUUUACAAUGUGACUGACAGGUCCCGUCUCUUCUCUUUCACUGACACCUUCUCCGGGACGCUCCGCCCUUAUUUCAGUCCUAGUUACAGUGCUGGGGGUACAAACGCGGCUCCCCUGAUAAUCUGCCCGGUCCCAGCUCAGGCCGGAGGGAAUCUCUGUCCCUGACAGUGACCCCACGGCACAGAUUGGCCCCUCCCAGCGCUGCUGCUCUUCCCGCUCCCCCAGUGGUAGACAUUUUGUGCUGACCACAUGCUGCCAGUUUCCCUUUUCAACUGGAGGUUUCAGUCGAGAACCGGACACCUGGCAACCCCCACCUCAGGCUGGAUGAAUAGGUCCCACUUGCUGGAAGGAGCCAGACAACUUUUCCCCCUCCCCCUGUGUUUGCUCCAUCCCUGGCACAGGGUGAUGCUGGUAAGAAAUACUGCCAGAAAGCUAGUGGUUUUUGCUGCCCUCACCUUUCCCCAUCCUCUGUCCCAGGGGUAGCAGAUGGUGAUGGACAGGGAUUAUUCACUCCUGUCAGAAUAUUCUAUUCCUGUGAAAUCUCAAUAUGAAAGAAAAAAGAUUAUUCUAAUUUAGAAAAUAUUAUUGUCACAAGGUGUAAAUGCAAGAACAUUUUCAUUUACAUUUCAACAGCAUUUCAAAAACAAGCAUCUAAACAUAUUUUUUAGAAAUGGAGUUAUUUACAUUUUUUUUAGUUCUUCCCUCAAAUCUAUAUUGAAGUUUAACUUCUCUAAAUAGUAUAAUUUGUAUUUCAGCUGUCGAAUUUCAAGAAAUCCAAAAUAUUUAUCUUAAAAAAAAUUAUUAAAUUGUCAGACUGGGUUGCUCAGUUACAAUGUACAUGUGUCAUAAACAUCACAACUCCACACAUGUGCAGCUGCUCUCACUCUCUUUGCCUCUCUUUAUUGUCUUGACUGGUUCUCUCUGGAAGGCAGGGCACAUACACCCACCCCCUGCACCAUACCUUUGACAAUUAAUUGGUGAAAAAAUGAUAGAAUUAAUUAAACAAUAUAUUUAAGUUAACUCACACAACAUUAUAAAAUAAUCUUUGAACUUCUGUUAGUAUUAAUUCAUGUGAUUUUUAACUGUCUAACUUCAUAUAAUCAGUAAUCAAGAUAUGACACUUCCUUUCUUGUUCUCACAUCAGUUAACUAAACAGGGUCCCGAACCUCAAACGCUAUCUUCCUAUAGAUAGAAAUCUCUUCUACAAUAUCCUUUUCUUAGUUUAUUUUUCUUUAGAAAUAUGAUUUGCAGGCAAUGUACUGUCAGUGUCCACUGUUGAUUUCAAUGUACUGCUGGGCUCUUUAUGUUCUUGGUUCUAAUGAUGAAACAAAUGUAUUUUGGUAAA